GGGAAGAAAUGCAAGCCCCAGUGCAGCCGAGGAGCGGCCGCUUGGAUUUCCUCAACGCCAAGCCGCCGCCCAACUAUGUGGCCGGAUUGGGGCGCGGCGCCACCGGAUUCACCACUCGAUCCGACAUCGGCCCCGCCAGGGCAGCGCCGGAUCUCCCCGACAGGUCGGCCACCGCCAUUGGCGGCGCUCCAGGGCCGGGCGGCGGCGUCGGGCGCGGCAGAGGCAAGGCGCCACCUCUUGGCGGAGGAGCGGCGGCAGCGGCGGCGGUAGACGACGACGACGAUGCCGACGACAAGGGCUACGAUGAGAACCAGAAAUUCGAUGAAUUCGAGGGCAACGAUGUGGGGCUCUUCGCGACGGGUGAGUAUGACGAGGACGACAAGGAGCCCGACCAGAUAUGGGAGAGCGUGGACAAGAGGAUGGAUUCGCGGCGCAAGGACCGGCGGGAGGCGCGGCUCAAGCUGGUGAUCGAGCAGUACCGAGCUUCCAAUCCCAAGAUCACGGAGCAGUUCGCGGACGUGAAGAGGACGCUGCUGGAUCUUCCGGCGGAGGAGUGGGAAAACAUCCCCGAGGUUGGCGACUACUCUUCCAGGAACAAGAAGAGGCGGUUUGAGAGCUUUGUGCCCGCGCCGGACACGCUGCUGGAAAAGGCUCGGCAGGAGAAGGAGCACGUCACUGCGCUGGAUCCUCGCAGCCGCGCCGCCGCUGGAGUUGGCGGCGCUGCUACUGCCGGCGGCGCGGAGACACCGUGGUCGCAGACGCCGGUGACGGAUCUUACCGCGGUCGGGGAGGGGCGGGGGACUGUUCUGUCGCUCAAGCUGGAUCGGCUGUCCGACUCGGUGAGUGGGCUCACGGUGGUGGAUCCGAAAGGAUACCUCACCGAUCUCAAGAGUAUGAAGAUCACGAGCGACGCCGAGAUCUCCGAUAUCAAGAAGGCGAGGUUGCUGCUCAAGUCGGUGAUCCAGACCAAUCCAAAGCAUGCUCCCGGGUGGAUCGCGGCCGCGCGGCUGGAAGAGGUGGCGGGGAAGAUCGCUGCUGCGAGGAGUUUCAUCCAGAAGGGAUGCGAGGAGUGUCCCAAGAACGAGGACGUCUGGCUCGAGGCCUGCCGGCUGGCCAGCGGCGAUGCGGCCAAAAAAGUGAUCGCCAUGGCGGUGAAGUCCAUCCCGACGUCCGUGAAGCUGUGGAUGGCGGCUGCGCGGCUCGAGGUGGAAAACGCCGCCAAGAGCCGUGUUCUUCGCAAGGGACUCGAGUUUAUACCCGACUCGGUCCGGCUGUGGAAGGCGGUGGUGGAGCUGGCGAACGAGGACGAAGCGAGGAUCUUACUGGCUCGCGCUACCGAGUGCUGCCGUCUCCACGUCGAGCUCUGGCUAGCGCUUGCGCGGCUGGAAACUUACGACAAGGCGAGGGUGGUGCUCAACCGAGCUCGCGAGGCGCUGCCAACGGAGCCAACAAUCUGGAUCGCUGCGGCGAAGCUGGAGGAGGCACAGGGGAACGUUUCGCGCGUGGAAGGCAUCAUCGACCGCGCGAUACGAUCUCUCCAGCGGGUCGGGGUGGUGAUCGACCGCGAGUUUUGGAUGAAGGAGGCGGAGGCGGCGGAGAGGGCCGGGUCGGCGGCGACGUGCGUGGCGAUCGUGAGGAGCACCAUCGGGAUCGGUGUGGAGGAGGAGGACAAGAAGCGGACGUGGGUGGCGGACGCGGACGAGUGCCGGAAGCGGGGCUCGAUCGAGACGGCGAGAGCUAUCUACGCUCAUGCUCUGGCUGCGUUUCCCGGGAAGAAGAGCAUCUGGGUGAAGGCGGCGCAGCUUGAAAAGAGCCACGGAACGAGAGAAUCUGAGGCGGCGAGGAGCGUGUACGAGAGAGCGCUGGAGAAAUGCCCGGCUAGUACUCCGCUGUGGCUCUCGGCUGCGCAGCUGGAAGAGAAAGUCGGGGGGAUCAGCAGGGCAAGAGCGAUGCUGACGACGGCGAGGCUCAAGAACAGGGAGAACCCGGAGCUGUGGCUGGCGGCGAUCCGGGCGGAGACGAGGGCCGGGAACUGGAAGGAGGCGGACGCGCUCAUGGCGAAGGCGCUCCAGGAGUGCCGGCAGAGCGGGCUGCUGUGGGCCGCGAAUGUGGAGAUGGUGCCGCGGGCGCAGAGGAAGACCAAGAGCUUCGACGCGAUCAAGAACAGCGAGCAGGAUCCAUACGUGAUCGCGGCGGUGGGGAAGUUUUUCUGGCAGGACAGGAAGGUGGAGAAGGCGAGGAACUGGAUGAACAGGGCGGUGACGUUUGCUCCGGACGUGGGGGAUUUCUGGGCGCUGCUGUACAAGUUUGAGCAGCAGCACGGGAGCGAGGCGCAGCUCCAGGAGGUGGUGGAGAGGUGCAAGGCGGCGGAGCCCAAGCACGGGGAGAGGUGGAUCCGGGUGUCCAAGGCGGUGGAGAAUGCGCACCAGACGACGGAGUUUAUAUUGAAGAAGGUGGUGGCGGGGUUUGGGAAGGACGAGGGGAUUGUCAUGACGGCUUGCAGGCCCUAGGUGUGUUCUUGUAAAUUCUUUUUGGUUGUAAUUUUAUCAAGUACUUUGCCUA